AUGUCCCCAGUUCAUGUCGUGAAUACCAAGAAGCUCGAUGUUGCAAUGGUUGGGGAAAAUCGGUCAAGGUUCAAUGUGUUACAAAGGCUUAAUCCUGCCUGUUGUCGCUUCUUCGCUCCUGCACCAGCCGAGCGAUAUGAUCCCAUGCACUUCGAGAUUGUUGUUGCUUCCAACGUCUAUAAGGCAAAAUCGAAGCCCAUAAAACCGCAAGGUCUUUACGAAUCUACUCCGGUAAGAGUCCCGAGUCAAGGUACACAAAAAGGUAAGGUAUCUACGGCUGGGAUGGGGGCUACUUAUGACAAUGAUAGGAGCCACGGUAGGCUAAGCGACCCAAAUGAUAGGGUUGCUAGCCUUAGUGGCGAUACUAUUGUGGACAUGGAUAGAUUGGAUGUGGCUCAAAUACCGGCAGAAAUUGAAAUAGGCAUUCACAAUGUCGGUGAUAGCGAUGCAAAGGGGCCACCUUCCAACACUCGCGAGGGCGGAGAACAAAGCUGUAAGGGUACGAGGCUUGAUAGGGCCUCCCGACGAAUUCCCACUCGGAGUGGGAGAAUGCGGACUAGGGGUGGAGGUAGUCGG